UUCAAACCGGAAGAAUAUCGUACGACCGGAAACAGAAUUAAGUCGUUCCAGUGUGACUGCGGGAUAGUCACAAUGAAUCCGCUUACUAAAGUGAAGCUCAUCAAUGAACUGAAUGAAAGAGAAGCUGAUCUGGGAGUCAAAGACACUGUAUCCUGGCAUUCAGUCUAUAAGGACAGCGCCUGGAUCUUCAUCGGUGGACUUCCAUACGAGCUGACAGAAGGAGACACCAUCUGUGUAUUCUCUCAGUACGGAGAGAUUGCCAACAUCAACCUAGUUCGAGAUAAGAAGACGGGCAAAUCCAAAGGAUUUUGCUUCCUCUGCUAUGAAGAUCAAAGGAGCACGGUUCUGGCUGUGGAUAACUUCAAUGGAAUUAAGAUCAAGGGUCGGACCAUACGUGUUGACCAUGUAGCAAACUAUCGACCGCCUAAAGACACAGAUGACAUUGAUAGCAUCACUAAACGUUUGAGAGAGGAGGGCUGCGCUCCUAAAGUACCUCAUCCUUCAUCAUCUGAUUCAGAGUCUGAGGAGGAGCAUGCUGUACCAGUAAAAAAACCAAAGAAAGACAAAAAGGAAAAGAAGAAAAAGAAAAAGGAGAAGAAAGAGAAGAAAAAGGCACUGAAGGAGGAGAGACGUGAGGCACGCAUGGAGACGUCGGCGUCUUCACCCCUCAGAGUGAAGAAAGAGAAAGAGGACACGGCGUAUGAGAAGUAUGUCGUAAAAGGACCGAAUGAACACAGGAGGGACAGACCUGGACAAGACAGAGCGCCGGAAGUGGACCGAUUCAGAGAGAGACACGGAGAUGAAAGGAGAAGUGAGAGAGACAGGGACAGACAGACAGACAGGAGCAGAGAGGAGAAAAGGCACGAGGACACACGACAGCGUGACAACAGAGAUCAAGGAAGAGGGAGCGAUAGAGAGAGAGAACGAGACAGAGAUGGAGGUAGGGACAAAGAGCGAGACAGAGAUAGAGACAGAGGGUUUGCCAGACAUAGAGAUCACAGUCGAGAAAGAGAACACAGGCGAAACUGAACUUAAAAAAAAUUAAGAAAUGUUUUGUUUGUUUAGCGUACGAAAUUUUUAUCUGAUUUUUUUGUGUUUACUUGAGACAAUGUAAAUAAAUGUUUAUCAUGUUUUUAUUA